AUGGAUCAGGGCUCAGUUGCGCGUCGACUCCAUCGUGCCCUUUCUCCCUCUCCUCCUCAUCACCACACGCCUCGACGGCAUCACAUCCCUUUUCGCACGCUCGAGACGGACCGCAACGCACCCAGCUUGCAAUCUUAUACCACCACCAUGGUCAGCCUCACCACCUCGGACAACGAGCAGUUCACCGUCGACCGCGAUGUCGCCGAGCGAUCCGUGCUCAUCAAGCAGAUGCUCGAAGACAUCGGAGACACCGAACAGCCAAUUCCCCUUCCCAACGUGUCUUCCAACGUCCUGAAGAAGGUCCUCGAGUACUGCUCGCACCACCGCAGCGACCCUCCCGCACCCGCAGAUGACGCCGAGGAGUCUCGCAGACGCACAACCGACAUCUCGGACUGGGACGCCAAGUUCAUCCAGGUCGACCAGGAGAUGCUCUUCGAGAUCAUCUUGGCGGCCAACUACCUCGACAUCAAGCCGCUUCUCGACGUCGGCUGCAAGACAGUUGCCAACAUGAUCAAGGGAAAGACACCCGAGGAGAUCCGAAAGCUCUUCAACAUCCAGAACGACUUUUCGCCCGAGGAAGAGGCACAGAUCCGAAAGGAAAACGUGAGUAUCCGACGCAAAUUUCCUUUCAAGCGCAGAAUGGGCGGAGGACCGCUGAUCGAGCCUCGCGCACCUGCUGCAAACCGCAAGUUGGACGUGUCGUAUUUUCCACAUGUCGUUCACUGCGCCGAUUUCGAGAAUGCCAUGAUUCCCCGUGCCUCUUCUCUUCCUGCGCUGCUCGCUUCAGGCUCGACUGAGAGGCCCGAAACUUCAUUUGAGACUGGCCGAAAUCCCCCUGGCACGACAUCAACCUAUACACGCAAGAUGGAAGCUUUCGAGAGUCCCGACACCAAGCCGAAGCGGCUUCGCGCAGCGAAAGCGUGCGAUAUAUGUCGGACGAACCAUCGCAAGUGUCCUGGUCCUGCACCUGGUUCGGAUUCGUGCGUGCGAUGCCUCAAGCAGAACAAGCAGUGUACAUGGAACACGUACAGCAAGGCCUCUCUUCGGCGCUCCGAGUCCGCAUCUCCCACGAUCAAGCGUACACCCGUGCGAAGAGCACUGUCCACACCAUCGCAGCAGCUUACUCCGGUGCCACUCACGCCCACUCGCGCCAGGAGAUCGUCCACAUCGAGUUCAUCUUCCAGCGAACUAUCGACGCCCACCGACUCGCCUGCAGUGCCCUCGUACAAGCAACCGUUGGAAGUGACAGCAUUUGGCCCAUUGACCGAGAAGCCUUCGGCCGAGGAGAUUCCGAGCUACUAUGCCGACGCUUUGGCACUAGCCAACCGCCAUGAGCUGCUCAUCUUUGCCAUGCCGCUGCGCGAGUGGGAUGCGUCGGUGCGGGCCCAAAGUCGCCUGCACUGCGUGACGCCAAGCUGGGUCGACCCGCAACCGACACGGCAGGAAUCACUCGACGUGCUACGUGCGUUGCUCGACGACGUCGAACCAGCCACCGAAGAGCCCACGCCACCUCAACCCUCUUUCCCGGAACAAGCUGAAAGUCAGCAGGCAGAGGAGGUACCGAUGUCGCUCGACCCAGCCCCAUUCGGUGAAGGUAUCGCUGCUGAGUUGGCGGGUCCAUCAAUCGGGGCAGAGCUUGAGCCUGAUUUCUACAUGAACCCGCCAACGGGGAACAAGUCGCCCUACCGACAGCACUGCACCCACGAUCCCUUCCUCUUUUCCUGCGCGCCAUCGGCAGACAUGCACACUGGUGUCGAGACCAGGUGGAGUGCGUCAUGGGACGACGCCAUGCCCGAAGUUCUGCGCGACGCAUCCCAAAUGGACACACUGGACGCAUACCUCACGCCCCCGUGA